AUGGCAAAAUUUAGUCUGUUGGCGCUGGCCACAUUGGCUGGCGUAGCCGCAGCCAAGGAUGUCUACCUGAAAUGGAAUGUCACUUGGGUUAAUGCUUCCCCCGAUGGCUUUGAGCGCCCCGUCAUUGGUAUCAAUGGCCAAUGGCCCUGCCCCCAAAUUGAUGUGGAUUUGGGUGACCAACUGAUCGUCGAUGUCUACAACGGCCUUGGAAAUGAGUCCACGGCUAUCCACUGGCACGGAAUACGCCAGCAAGGUAGUGGUGUUAUGGAUGGCGCGGUUGGAGUCACCCAGUGCCCAAUUGCUCCCGGUUCGCACAUGCAAUAUCACUUCGAUGUCAACCAAACUGGAACAUACUGGUAUCACUCGCACGAUAUGGGCCAGUACCCUGAUGGAUUCCGUGGUGCUCUAAUUGUUCAUGACCCUAACCCUCCUUUCCACUACGACGAUGAGUUUACACUCACUUUGAGCGACUGGUAUCAUCAGCAGAUGCCGGAACUGCUCAAUACCUAUCAGUCCACAGCCAAUGCGGCGGCCCACGGCGCAGAGCCCCUCCCCAACUCGGCAUUGAUUAACGACUCAACCAACACCAAGAUCAAGGUUCUGCCUAACAAGACGUAUCUUGUUCACGUUAUCUGUGUUGGAAACUGGCCUGGUCACUUCUGGGUGCUGGACGGCCACGAGAUGACUGUCGUGGAGGUCGACGGUGUAUAUACCGAGCCCCGCCCAGCUGGAGACAAGUUCCUGCGUGUUGCGACUGGCCAGCGUAUGAGUGUAUUGAUCAAAACCAAGCCUGAUGCCAGCAGAAACUUUGCAAUCUGGGAUACUAUGGAUGUCAACAUGAUGUUUAUCUUCGAAAAUCGCACCAUCCCGCAAAACUACAACCCCAAUGCCACCGCCUGGUUGGUAUACGACGAGGCCAAGCCGCUGCCUGCGCCUCCCGUCUUCCAUCACAUCGACUUCAAUGAUGACUUUGUGGAUGAUGUCAAUUUGGUACCGCAAGAUCGCGAGCCCUUGCUCCAGCCCGUGAACCACCAGAUCAUUCUGGAUACCCGCCCCGCGCUGAUCGACGGCGUUCCACGCUUCACUAUCAAUAACAAGACCUAUACGCCCCCGAAGGUGCCCUCUCUUUAUACUGCCAACACAGUUGGACCUGAGUUUGCCUCCAACCCUGCAGUAUACGGCCAAGUAAACCCCUUCGUCGUGAAGUACGGCGACAUUGUCGAAAUCGUGAUCAACAACUACCACGGCAACCUGCACCCAUGGCACUUGCACGGCCACCAGUUCCAAGUUCUGCAGCGCACCCCAGUUGAUGGAGGCUUCUACAAGGGGCUGACGAGCAAUGUCUCCUCGACCCCUAUCAGACGCGACACCAUCAUGGUCCAGAAUAACGGCCACGCCGUCAUCCGUUUCCGCGCAGAUAACCCAGGUGUCUGGAUGCUCCACUGCCACGUCGAAUGGCACGUCGAGGCUGGUCUCAUGGCCACCAUCAUCGAGGCCCCAGAGACAUUCCCUAAUAGCAUACACGCUCCCCCGAAGAGUCAUUACAAUACCUGCAAUGCCUACCCCCAACUCACCAGCGGUAAUGCUGCGGGCAACGACGGUCUCGACAUGACUGGGCUCGAUACCACGGUUAGCUCUGGUAGCCACGGUGCUCUGUAUACCGGCAAGAAGGGCUCCAAAAAUCCCCCUGCAGGUCAAUCUCAUCAGUCAGCACAAGCAGCGGCGCCGAAGCCCUCUACCAAGCCUUCUGGCAAGCCCACUACGAAGCCAUCCCUACCAGUCCUGCCAGUUCCACCAGCUCUACCAGCUCUACCAUCCCUUCCUGUACAGGUUACCCGACCCAAGUUCCCGCACAAUAGUUUCGACCAGUCGACGGUGCCUUCCCGACCAAACUACAACCCCGCCACCGCCGAUUCCGAGAGCACCAAGGCUUUCUGGCCAGACUCUAACACGCACGAGACGAACAUCUAUGUUGAGAACCCCAACAAACCACACGAUCACCAUCUCACCGUCCACGAGGAGGCGACCAAGGGCCCGCGGCCAGAACAGAAUACUUACAGUGGCUAUGUCAUCGAUGGCAACCACAAGUAUCCCAUCCAUAAGUCUGAUCAUGAUCUGAUAGUUGAUCCAAAGGAUUGGGAGUAA